AUGAAUUCGGCACCCCCAGACAUGUACUACCAAGCUCAGCACAUGUCUGCAGGUCCAACACCGCAACCUCAGACGGUGACCUCGAAUGCACUGCCGCAAUAUGGACAUCAGCAGCCUACAUUAUUACAGCCCGCCACGCAGUAUUCUCCUGCUCCCUAUCCGUAUGGCUACGGCAAUGGAAUGACCUCGCCGCAGUCAGCACCGCCAGUGUCGAACUCGAUGGGUGCUCCGAAUGUACUUCCUCUUCCCGGUGUUCCUAACCAGCCAGGCAUGCAAAAUCAAUACCAGGGGUUCGAUACCACUGGCCAGAUUGCCCCACCGGGGAUGAAACCUCGAGUGACGGCUACGCUCUGGGAAGAUGAAGGCAGCUUGUGUUUCCAGGUGGAGGCUCGAGGCAUCUGUGUUGCUCGUCGUGAAGACAACCACAUGAUCAAUGGCACGAAACUGCUCAAUGUUGCUGGUAUGACACGCGGCAGGCGAGACGGUAUCUUGAAGAGCGAGAAAGUGCGACAUGUGGUGAAGAUUGGGCCGAUGCAUCUCAAGGGCGUCUGGAUACCUUUCGAGAGAGCUCUGGACUUUGCUAACAAGGAGAAAAUCACCGAGCUCCUAUAUCCCCUCUUUGUGCACAACAUAGGAGCGCUCUUAUAUCAUCCGACGAAUCAGAACCGAACGAACCAGGUUAUGGCCGCCGCAGAGCGCCGGAAGCAGGAGCAGCAAAGCCAGAUGAGGAACGGUCCCGGUCCCGGUCCUGCGCCGCCUGGUGGCGUACUGCCAUCCAUACAGCAGCACCACCACCACAUGGGCCUGCCUGGUCCGCAACCCUCCCUACCGUCGCAUAACAGCACAGGGCGGCCCUCCCUAGACAGAGCACACACUUUCCCGACACCGCCAACGAGUGCAUCGAGCGUGAUGGGAAGCAUGGGGGCUUCAGAGAACUAUCAGUGGGGCCAACAGGGAAUGAAUGGUGCGCAAGGUGCUAACCCCAUGUCCAUCGACACGGGGCUUAGCAACGCUGCUCGGUCAAUGCCGGCGACUCCGGCGACUACCCCUCCUGGAAACUCAUUGCAAAGCAUGCAGCCAUAUCCCCAGGGUACCCAGCCCUACGACAGCUCGCGAGGCAUCUAUGCCCCGGCGCAGCAGUCGCCGUAUCCUCCUUCGAACAACAGCCCGCAGGAUAGAAACCUCUACGGCCAAUCCGGCCCGUACAUGAAGAACGAGAUGGGACCCCCGUCUGGGCGGCCUACUGGCCCUGGAAACGAGCAUUCUGAAGUGAAGCCUUCCAAUGGUAUGAUGCAGCAUGGCGAUGGAGUUCCCCAUUCGACGGGCGAAGAUGAAGCGGAACACGAGGCCGAAUACACCCACGAUAGUGGAGCGUAUGAUGCCGGCCGAGCCGCAUACAACUACAAUGCCACUCCGGUUGCUCCCAUGGCGGGUGACCACCAGCACUUGUCUUCUGAUAUGACUGGGUCUCCUAACCAUCAAGCUGGUUCCGGCCGGGCUACCCCUCGAACUGCUGGUCCCCAGCAACCGUACUACCCUCAGCAGACAGGAUACAGUACACCGCCGCGCGUGCCACCCCCAUCAUCGAGUCUGUAUAAUGUAAUGAGCAACGAUCGAGGUCCGUCCAAUGGUGCACCGGCACCCGAUGUUUAUAGUUCGCAGAACGAGAUGGGCGGCCAGAUGCAGAAUGGCUACGGUACGCAAACGGUAUUGAACGGAGCACCGGGUCCGUUAAAACGAGGGCGUGAUGAUGAAGAUGAUCUCCCGAGACCCUCCAGCGGCGGAAUGGACCUGAAGCGCCGGAAAACUAUGAUCGACGGCCCGAUGCCUACGCCCGGUUACGACGCCAUGAGUCGACCUGCCUCGGCUGUGUCACGACGAAGAUAG